AUGCGUCCCAGAAAUCUCGCGCUCGCGAUUGCGGCGACCAUCUCAUCCUCUGCGCGGACGUGCAUCCAAGCCAUGACAACCGAUAACCAAAGCAACAUCUCUGCAAUUAUACACCAGGGGUUCAACUAUGGUGCCCAAAACGUCACGGGCGGCUGCCGCGGUCAUGACGACUACACUCGCCUCUUCAACCUCGCCCGCUCCCUCCCGUCGGGCAACUUCACAUCGGCCAGGAUCUACACCAGCAUAGAAUGCGGCACAGAAGGCGCACAAACACCAAAGCCCAUCUCCGCCUUCCAAGCCGCAGUGGAAACCAACACCAGCUUACUGGUUGGGUUGUGGGCCAGCGAAGGCCAAGACGAAUUCACCAAGGAACUCAACGCCCUCAAAUCCGCCCUCUCCGACCCAACCUACGGCUCCCAGCUGGCGGGGCUGGUGGUCGGCGUUGCCGUCGGGUCUGAGGACAUGUACCGCGCCGAUUCCAUCACCCGCGGUACGUGCGGGGCCAAUGUGUCCCAGUGCGCCGCGGGGGCUACGGCCGAUCAGUUGGUAGCGUACGUGCAGCAGACACGGGCCGCGCUGCAGGGUACGGCGCUGGCUGCAGCGGCGAUCGGGCACGUGGACACGCCUGACUCUUGGGCGUCGAAUGGGUCGGCAGCGCUGGUGCAGCAGUUGGAUUGGGUCGGGCACAACUCGUUUCCGUAUUGGGAGUCGAGCGGUCAGGAUAACGGGAUCGAUGCAGCCGGGGGCCGGUUUCAAGGCGCCUUGGGGGUUACCAUUGGUGCUGCGGGCGGGAGACCGGUUUGGGUCACCGAGACUGGAUGGCCUGCGAACGGCCCCAAGUUGUUAAACGCCGAGGCGACACCAGCAAACGCCAUGAAGUACUUUCACGAUGUGGGACGGCAGCAGCUCUUUGGUCAGCGCAACACUUGGUGGUACAUUCUGGAGGAUAGCAAUUCGAACCAGUCGUCUUUGUCAUUUGCCGUGUGGAACCAAACAACCGGCCAGACCACAUUCUCUCUGGAAGGAUAG